CUUAUAUUGCUGCCAAGUAUGCUAAUCACCCAAAUUAAUUAUUGUCUCGGUUUGCUACAAUUAUUAGGCAGAGAAUGCAUUCUUUACGCUCAGUAUAUUUAAACUUUUUGUGUACCCUAUCUUAUUUUUAAGUUUAAUAAUUUAAGAUUCAUAAUUAAUUAAUUAUGAGUCGUGUUGGCACUCGUAAUGUUUUAAUAUGUAUAUGUUAUAAAAAAAUUUCGUAUGAUUUUUUUUUAUAUUUUAACGAUUUAACUCUGCUUAGUGAAAACCUGACUCGGUCACUAUUAUGAGCUAUUAGAUCCUGUUGUAGAGUAUUCCUAUUGAACUAGUAGCAUUUUGGUUUCUGGAAACGUUGAUUAUGAAGUCCCUUCCUUCAAAGGCUUUGAUAAUCAAAAUCAACUUAGUUUUCUUGGUCUGUUUUUUAGUUGCUUAUGCUGCCCUUCUUCACUGGCAAUUAUCUUCUGUUUAUCACGAAUAUUCAACAUCUCCUAUUAAAUGCACACUGUGCCAAUGUCAUCACAAGGUGGAAGCUGCAAAGAUGAACUCAUUAUUAGAAGAAUCAAUCGGGAAUGAGACAAAGGCAAUAUUGAAGAAAAUGGUGAAACACAAAAAGCCAAGUUUUGUGAAUGAAAUAAUGAGGAGAGGAAUGAAGAUAGGAAUGGUGAAUAUGGAAGGGGAAGAUGUUAGUGAAUGGAGAGUCCAUGGGCAGAUAAUAACAGUACAAUUCCAGAAGGUUUCAGAGUUGUUGGAAUGGAAUGACUUGUUUCCAGGACAGGUAGAUGAGGACUUAGAAGAGAUGGAUGGUCGACAAACAUGUCCAGAAAUACCAAUGCCACCUAUCUAUAGCUAUAGUUACAUGGACGUGAUAGUAGUGAAAUUACCAUGCAAGCAUCCACAAGAAGGCUGGAGAAGGGAUGUUUUUAGACUACAAGUGCAUCUAGUGGCUGCAACUUUGGCUAUGAAGAGAAAAGGAGGUAAGAUUGGGAAGAUGAAAUUGAUUUUCUUGAGUAAGUGUAGGCCUAUGAUGGAGAUUUUCAGAUGUAAAGAAUUAAAGAGAAGGGAAGGAGAUUGGUGGUAUUAUGAGCCAAAUAUGGCUAAGUUAGAACAAAAAGUUUCAUUGCCAAUUGGUUCUUGCAAAUUGGCUUUGUCCCUCAGGGAAAAAGAAAUCAACGAGGUCAGCACGAAGUUAACAAGAAGAGAAGCUUACGCCACAAUUCUUCAUUCCUCUGGAAUAUAUGUAUGUGGUGCAAUAACACUAGCUCAGAGUCUUCUUCGAACAGGAACCAAACGUGACCUUAUUCUUCUCCUUGACGAGAAAAUCUCCGAACCCAAACGCGAUGCCCUAAUAAAAGCCGGGUGGAAACUCCGGUUCAUAAAGAGGAUAAGAAACACUAGAGCUGAGAAAAACUCGUACAAUGAAUACAAUUAUAGCAAGUUCAGGUUAUGGCAACUCACUGACUAUGAAAAAAUCAUCUUCAUUGACGCUGAUAUCAUCGUUCUUCGUAACAUCGACCUUCUUUUCCAUUUUCCUCAAUUGUCAGCUACAGGUAAUGCUGGAUCAAUCUUCAAUUCUGGAGUAAUGGUGAUCGAGCCAUCAAAUUGCACCUUCAACAUCUUCAUGCAAAGUACAAAAGACAUUAUUUCAUAUAACGGAGGUGACCAAGGUUUUCUUAAUGAAAUAUUUGUGUGGUGGCAUAGGUUGCCUAGAAGAGUAAACUAUUUUAAGAAUUUCGAAAAUUCGAAUGAGGUUAGUGCUAAGAACCAAUUAUUCAAAGCAGAUCCUCCACAACUCUAUGCGAUACAUUAUCUCGGGUUAAAGCCAUGGGUAUGUUACAGGGACUAUGAUUGUAAUUGGGACGUUGGUUAUUUACGUGUUUAUGCUAGUGAUGUUGCGCAUAAGACAUGGUGGAAAUUACAUGAUGCCAUGGACGAGAAGUUACAGAAAUUUUGUGGGUUGACAAGGCAGAGGAAAACAGAGUUAUAUUGGAGUAGAAAGAAGGCAGAAGAUUUGGGAUUAAAAGAUGAACAUUGGAGGAUUAAUAUUACUGAUCCUAGAAGAUUGACUUAACUUCUUGAAUUGGGUUCUUCUAACUAUUUUAAUUUCCCUUUUGUUUAUGUAUACGCCCUUUCGUUUUUACUUUAAAACUUUUUCACCCAUCAUACUAGUAUUUUUACACAAGAAAAAUUAUAUACAUGGCCUUAUUGACUUAAUUUAUUUAUGUGUAUAGAUAGACAUGCAUGAUAAAUGUAGAGACAGAUC